AUCACAUACGUAACUUGAAAUAAACAAAUGUUUACUCACAGGCCACCGUGAUUAUGCUAAUAACCGCAUGUUGACAGAAGGAUUGAACCUCUAUGGAAAAAUGUUGCGGGAGAAAAAAAACUCGGUACAAAGAUAACAAGUUGUGCCCAGAAAGGCAAGCAGUUAUUAGGACCAUGCUGACCUGAGCAGAUGUGUCUAUGACUUCAUGAGAAACAGAAAGGAAGCUGGCAGGGACAGAAUUGAGGAAUCCAACGUCAGGAGUCAAGCAUCUUCUUGCAGGAUGAGAAGCGCUAAAUUGGUUUGCCGUGCAUACCAGAGCAGACGGCUCUUGAUCCUGUUGGUCAUUUUAAGCUUGUUUUUACUUGGCCUUUUAAAAGGGAACAUAUUUAAAACGGAUUCAUAUAGCCUUGUCUGGCAUGUGGAUCCAAGUCAUAGAAAGCUUGUUCAUUCCUACGUAAAAAGUGUGUUGGCAAAAGAAUGUAGACCAUCUUUCAUCAGUAAAAAAAUGGAGGCAAAAGGGUCUGGUCCCAGACCUGUCACGGAGCCCUUUCUGUAUAAAGACACCCAUUUAAGUGAAGAAGUAUUCAGAUAUCCACCUCCAUUUGGAUUCCUGGACCUGCAGCACAAGCUCAAGGAAAUCUUGAAUCUUCUGCCAAACUCUUCAGAUCAGAAAUCUGAAAGGAAGGGCUGUCAGCGUUGUGUGGUGAUUGGGAACGGUGGGAUACUGCGUGGAUUAGAGCUAGGAUCUCUCCUUAAUCAGUUUGAUGUAGUCAUUAGACUGAAUAGUGGCCCUGUACGAAACUUUACACAAGAUGUGGGCAAUCGCACCAGCAUUCGGAUGAGUUACCCAGAGGGCAGCCCAAGGAACUGGGAUGAUAUAGACCCUCAGCUCAUAUUUUUAAUGGUGAUCUAUAAAUCUGUGGACUUCAACUGGCUGCGUGCAAUAAUCACCAAAGAGAAAAUGUCACUCUGGGACUCGCUGUUUUUCUGGCAGAAGGUGCCAGAUAAGAUUCCAAUUGAUCCCUCCCAGUUCCGCAUCCUGAAUUUGGAGAUUAUCAGGGAGACAGCCAUGGAUCUGCUGCACUAUUCCACACCCAAACGUCGUCUCUGGGGCUGGGACCAGAAUGUCCCCACACUGGGGGUCUCGGCUCUCAACCUGGCAACCUACCUGUGUGAUGAGGUCAGUUUGGCUGGCUUUGGCUACAACUUAAGCCAGAGGGGGGCACCAUUGCACUACUAUGACAACCUGCCCAUGACUGUAAUGUUGGAUCAGGGCAUGCACAAUGUAGACCGUGAAAGAGCCUUCCUACAGAGCCUGGUAGCAGCUGGCACCAUUACGGACCUAACAGGGGGGCUGCACUGUAGCUUUUGUCCCCGUUGAGGACUCUUUGUUCCAGUUAGCUUUGCCUGGAACAACUUCUGGCUAUGUCAGUGCAUGAGAAAAGAUA